AUGAAUCGCCAAUUCAAUAGUGACCACCAUGUUUUCGAACUCGAUAUUCUUGAUCGUGGCUUCCUUAACGAUCUACUUCCAUUGACAAAAGCAUAUGCUUACGACGGAGAACGUCAAAUGCGUGACAUUAUUGACUCUGAGACCUCGAACGCAACCGAUCAUUUCAUUCUCUACUCCGGAAAAGAGUCAAUUAAGACUAUCGUCAGUCAAUCAACCGUUGAUAUCCCCAAAUUCAUUUCCUCAUUCGACAUCAAGGAGGAAUUAUUACUUGUGAAGAAGCCUUCCCGAACCCGCGCUGCCGCUGCAGACGAGAUCAAUGCCUUGAUAAGAGAGAAGCUUAUGCCAAUGGGCCUAUACAAUGCCAUCCAAGGGUUCCCUAGCGCUACAGUUAUCGGCAAAAUUAAUACUAGAGGAAAACAGCCCGACUACGGUUGGUGUCCAAAAAGAAGACGCUGUCAAUGUGGUUUCGCUGAGCCCAAAAUGCCCUCAGUUGUGAUCGAAGUGGCGGAAAUUGAGCAUGAUCACAAACUCAAUUCGGAUGUCCGUUAUUGGUUGAGUCCCAAUGAUGGGAAUGUCAAGAUGUGUUUAACGGUUCGAGUCGAUCGUGGAAAUGACGAGAUUCGAUUGGAAAGUUGGAUACGACACGAGGUUCACCACGGUAGUUACCGCAUCUAUCGCAAUCAGGUUACAUACACGCAGAUGACGAAACAAGUCCACCCAAUAGUGACCGGAGAUUGCCCCUUUCACAUCCCCUUCGAAAGCCUGAUGUUGCAACCAAUCGAGACUGGAAGAGGUGCCGAAAAUGAUCUGAUAUUCUCAAGGGCAGAUCUGGAGAGAGUUGCGCAGUCCAUCUGGAAUGCGGAGUGGGAGUGA